CAUAAGAGCACCCCAGGCCCCGCCUGGGGCAGUGUUGCAGCCACAGCGGCAUCAUGGUGGACCUCUCAGUGCACCCUGCAGCUCUGAUCCUUCUAGGAGUGGCCCUAUGUGUGGCGCAGCCCCGUGGCCGGAUCCUGGGUGGCAGCCAGGCCAAGCCCCACCAGCGGCCCUACAUGGCCUCCGUGCAGGUGAAUGGCACACACGUGUGCGGAGGCUUCCUGGUGUCGGAGCAGUGGGUGCUGAGUGCGGCGCACUGCCUGGAGCAUGUGAACACCAAUGAGACCUUGGUGCAGGUGCUCCUGGGCGCACACUCGCUGUCACAACCUGAGCCCUCGAAGCAGCUGUACGACGUGCUCCGAGCAGUGCCCCACCCAGACAGCGGGCCGGAUACCAUCGACCACGACCUCCUUCUGCUGCAGCUCUCUGAGAACGCCACUCUGGGUCCUGCCGUGAAGCCCCUGCCCUGGCAGCAGGAGGACCGCGAUGUGGCAGCUGGCACGCUGUGCGAAGUGGCUGGCUGGGGCGUGAUCAAUCACUCGGGCCGCAAGCCCGACCUCCUGCAGUACUUGCUCCUGCCGGUGAUCGACCGUGCCACCUGCAACCUGCGCAAGUACCACGACGGCACUGUCACUGAGCGAAUGAUGUGUGCUGAGAGCAAACGAAACAAGGACAGCUGCAAGGGCGACUCUGGGGGUCCGCUGGUGUGCAAUGGCGUGGCGGAGGGCGUGGUCACCUCGGGAUCCCGUGUGUGUGGCAACCCCAAGCAGCCCGGCAUCUACACUCGUGUAGGGAGCUACACUGCCUGGAUCAACAGCGUGAUGGCUGGGGGCGUGGCCACCUGGGAAAAACCUGGAGGGCCAGGUCCCAAGGAGCAAUGAAGUCACUGACUCCUACAUCUGGUCAGACAUCACUUUUAUUUUAUUCCCUUUCCAUUGUGUUUAUUCAUUUGCUUUUGUUUUAAGACUCCACUUAUAAGUGAAACCAUGUGAUAUUUCUCUGACUUAUUUUACUUAAAAUAAGACCCUUUAGUUCCAUCCAUGUUGUUGUAAUAAAUUUCAUUCUUUCUCA